AUGCAGCCUGCUAUCUUUGGUCAAGUCAAUGAGUUACUGCAGUUCGUCCUGCUCCUCCCCCUGCUCCCUCUGCUCAGCUUACUCUACCUGCGCCGCCAGGACCCCAAGAAGCAGCCUCGCGCUCAUGGCCUCAAGGUCUACCCGCUCGUCGGUACGGUCCCGCACUUCGUCAAGAACCAGCGCCGCUUCCUCGACUGGUCCACCGACGUCCUCAAGCGCGACCCCUCGCACACCCUGUCGUUCAAGGCGCUCGGCCUCACCGGCGGCGCCAUCACGGCCAACCCGGACAACGUCGAGCACAUCCUCAAGACCAACUUCGCCAACUACCCCAAGGGCGAGCUGACGGUGUCCAUGAUCGAGGACUUCCUCGGGCACGGCAUCUUCAACUCCGACGGGGAGCAGUGGCUGUGGCAGCGAAAGGCCGCCAGCUACGAGUUCAGCAAGCGCUCGCUCCGGAACUUCGUCGUCGACGCCGUCCGGUUCGACGUCGUCGAGCGGCUGCUGCCGCUGCUCGACCGGGCACGGCGCGACGGCCGGACGGUGGACGUGCAGGACGUGCUGGAGCGGUUCGCGCUCGACAACAUCUGCCGCGUGGCUUUCGGCGAGGACCCGGCGUGCCUCGCCGAGGACGGCAUGGCGAAGCCGGAGAGCGCGGAGUUCAUGCGCGCCUUCAACGACGCGCAGAGCGCCACCAUGGCCCGGUUCAUGUCGCCGGUGAAGUCGCUGUGGCGCCUCAAGAGGUUUCUGAACAUGGAGCUCGAGCGGCGGAUGCGCGAGGCGGUCGGCACUGUCCACGGCUACGCCGACAGGAUCAUCCGCGAGCGCCGGGCGCGAGGCGAGGCGGCCGGGCUAGCAGCGUGCGGCAGGGACGACUUCCUGUCGCGCUUCGCCGCGAGCGGCGAGCACAGCGACGAGAGCCUCCUGGAUGUGGUCACCAACUUCCUCCUCGCCGGGCGCGACACGACGUCGUCGGCGCUGACGUGGUUCUUCUGGCUGGUCUCCACGCGGCCUGACGUGGAGGAGAAGAUCGUGCGCGAGGUCCGCGCGGUGCGGCCCUCGUCCACCCCCAGGCAGGAAAGCGCGAGCGCGGCGGCGUUCAGCUUCGACGAGCUGCGGGACAUGCAGUACCUCCACGCGGCCAUCACCGAGUCCAUGCGGCUGUACCCGCCGGUGGCCAUGGACGCGCACAGCUGCAAGGAGGACAACUUCCUGCCCGACGGCACGUUAGUCGGGAAAGGGUGGCUGACAACCUGUAGGAACCAAACACCACGGCGAGCUUGGAUCGUGAACGCCGGCGACGGCGCGGUGAUCGCGGCGAGAACGCGAGCAGAUGGAAACACACACAACAAACACACGCGAGAAAAAGUGGAUUUUCGGCGCUGCCAACAACGCAGCCCCUUCGGUCUAUUAUUGACGCUUUUAUACACAAAUGCAUGCUACAAUCUCGGGCUUGCAACAACCAAGCCUCCCCCACGCCAUGCCGCACAAAGUGCGCCACACCGUUUCGCUGCGGCGCGCGCUGCGUGCACUGAGCACGUCAUGGCGCGGACUGACCGAAUUGGACCGGGCCAUGUCGUGAUCAAGCACGCCAUCGAUCACGCGCUGCCCCUAACCUAG